GUCUCCAGAUUCUUAGUUCCUUCCACCACCCCAUUUCAAACAUCUCCACGCAGCACCACUUCAUCUCCAGCUUUCCCAGGGAGUUGUUGCUCCAACCCCCGCACAUCCUGAUGCAUCCACAACUGAAACGCCAAGCUGUCCUUGGGGAUAUACCACAGUAGAGUUUUCCACUAUGCGGUCACCCGGAUCUACCGCGGACUGCGCUGAGGAUCGCCGCCAUUCCGACGCGGCAGGAGCGGCUGACGCUUCGGGACCGGAAGCCAUGGAUCAGAGCGGCGUUAAUCGCGACGCCGCAUAUAGAAACGACGAAUCAGAAGACAUUCCCUCUCUUCGACGGGCCGCCGCGACGGCGAGCCCGACGAACGAAAACGAAGGAGAAAGCUCGAAAGAAAAAGACGGGACGAGUGCAAAACGGCCGCGGCGGAAGCAGCCAUUCCCGUACAAGCACCUGCUGCCGCGCGACGGCUACAACUGGGUCAAAUACGGACAAAAGCAGCUCUCCGGCGGGCUACACAUGAGGCACUACUUCCACUGCAUGCUCCGAAACACGGACGUCCGCUGCCCCGCUAAGCGCAUCGUCAACAUGAGCAAGUCCGAUUGCAAGGCGCCGCUCAAUAUCGAGUACAUCAACGAUCACAACCACCGCCCGAACCUCCGCGCCCCCAGCAACAGCCCCGGUUCGCGUCAGCAGGGCGGCAGCCUCAGCGCCGAGAUCUUGCUACAGCCUGGGUCAUCCGAAGCGCAGUUUACCCUCGGGUGUAGCAGCAGCGAUGGGAACAGGCGAGGCGAGGCUAUGGGCAGCGUUAAGAUGGAAAGUUAUGAUGCAGAUGCGUCUUUGCAAAACGGCGUGGUUGGCGGCGGCAGUGACGGCGAUUUUGACGCGCUGCGCAUGCUAACGGCCGGCGAUGGUAAUGAUUAUUCCGCGCUACGACAGACACUGGACGAAGCGAUUCGCAAGGCUGGUAACCGGGUGCACCAGCAGAGGAGCAGCGGCGGCAGCAGCAGCCACGUCAGCGGGCUCCAGGUCAGCAAGUUGCUGCAGAAUCUGGGGAGGCAGGAGAUUGGCGGACAGCUCAGCAGCAUGGUUGGCGGAAGCAGCAACCGCGGGGGAGGCGAUGGUAAUGCGGUCAGCAGCAUCGCCGGGGGCAACGGAAACACCGCUUUGGGUUCCCUGUGGCAGCGGCGAGUGGCGGGAGGACAGGCAGGAGCAGCAGCAGCAGCAGCCGCCGCCGUUGCCGCGUCCCUUGGUCUUGGUUCUGCUGGCCACAACCCGCCCACGUCGCUUAUGGCGGAUCCAGCGGCCUUCUCCUCGCCCUCCGGUCCCGGUUCCGAUUCUCAAAUAGCCUUCGCUGGGCAAUUAUUGUCGCUCCCUAUUCAAGUGUCUGAUGCGCUUGCAGGCAGCGGUAUAGGGGGAAUUAGUGGGGGUGGGCUAGGCGCGGAUGCCAUGAUGGGGUUGGGGGGGGCAGGGGGAGGAGGAGGAGUCGGGGGAGGAGGGGGAGGCGGAGGGAGAGAGGGCGGGGGGCAGAGAGAGGUUGGCGCGGGACCGCCGCAAAAGGGAUCCCUGGCGAAGGCGUCAGGCAGCUUCGAUUUCUCGAUGCAAGAGGAGCUGCUGCACUCAUUCCAAUACGAAACGCCCCCUUCUUCUGUGCUCCCUCGGUGGACCCCAUCGGAUCAACCAGUCUGCACCUCGCCCUUCUUCUCCUCCUCCCCCACCUCCCUCUCCCCCUCCGGGGUCACCCCGUACUCCUCCCCCCACUUCACUCCCCCCCGCCCGCUCUCCCCCAUCCCCUCCCCCAAGUCCCCCUACCUCUCCCCUCUCCCCGGUUCCCCCACAGCAGCAAACGCCAACCUGUCCAUAUUCUCCUCUCAUGCCGCCACCCUCGCUGCUCUCUCCACCCUGCAUUGCCAAGCUACCACCUCGCACUCCCCCUCCUUCGCCUCCCCCCCCGCCUCCUCGCAAGACUUCCCCCUCUCCCCGACCGCCUUCCCCUCCCCCCCCGCGUCCGCCCACGACUUCCCCAUAUCCCGCCCAGGCUUACCCCGGAGCGUCACUGAGGGCACUUCCAGCCCCUCCCCCCCUCUCAUGCACUCGGCACCCCCGCCGCCAUCGCUAGCAGAAGCCAUAGCCAUGCUCCAGAUGGCCUCUCUCUCCCCAAAUCACACCUCCCCCAGCAGCACCCGCGCUGCUUCCCCGCGCCCCUCCGGGGGGCUAGUCACCCUCCCGCACUCCGGUUUCGUCACUCCCCCUCACUCGGGUUUCGUCACCCCCCCUCAGUCCGGUUUCGUCACGCCCCCUCACUCCGGGUUCGUCACCCCGAAUAACCCCGGGUUCGCUCAGCCGAAUAACCCUCAAGCGCUGGCGGGAGGACUUGGAAUGGACGAGGGCAUGGCGCGCAAGCUGGGCAAUGCUCUCAACACCCUCUUCACGCGCAACCUCACCUCCUCCUCCCAUACCUCCCACCUCACGUCCUCCCCCCCGCCCAUCUCCCCCCGGUCCGCGCACAGCCACUCGUCCGCGUCCGCGUCCGCCAGCCCGUCCCUCUUCUCCCCUCGCUUCGCCUCGUCCGCUGUGGCUGCGGGCGGCGAUUUCAUGAUAAGCGCAGGGGCAGGUCAGGGAGUGGAUACUGGGGGGUAUGGUGCCCUGGCGCAGGCGUUUUUGAAUGACGAUUUUGCACAACAGUGGCAGCAACAGCAGCAGCAGGGGGAGCAGCAGGGGCAGGGACAGGGACAGGGACUGGGACUGGAGCAGGGGCAGGGGCAGGGGCAGGGGCAGCAGAUAGGGAUGCAGGAGCUGAUAGCGCAGGCGCAGCAGCAGCUAAAGCAGGAGCAGAUGGAAGAGCGAAAUGCUGGAGGUGGGGAACGGGGGGAGGGGGAGGGGGAGGGAGCGGAGGCAGAAGAGCCUCAAGAGCAGCGGCAUGGGCUACAGCCAUGGCAGUCACUGAUUCCGGACGACUGGGGGCUGAUGCAGGAGCAGUUGGAGGAACUAGCAGGGCAGCAGCAGCAGGAGGGGGACGGGGGAAACCAAGGGGAGGAGGCGGGGGUGGAGCUGCCAUGGAGCACACUAGAGUCCUUCACUCAUGAUCACAUGCAGCUCGUGACAGACCUGGAUUUGAGCGCGCAUCAGUUCAACUCGCAACACUUGAAUUUCCAGAGCAACCCGCGUGAUCCGCACCCCUCAAACCCCCAUCAGGACCACCACACUGAGAGCGGGUUCCAAAGGGAGAGCAAGAGCUCUCUGCUAGCGCAGGACAUUCUCCUGGCGCAAGCCCAGCUCAUCAGCCAGGCACACAAUCAGACACAACACCAGACACAGAACCAGGCUAAGAGCGACAUUUUUGUCGCUGGUGAGGCAUUGGGCCGAGGCGACGGGGUGUUCCCACCGAGAUCAGAGGCGUCGCCGAGCCCUGUGAGUGGCUUGCCGGCCCGCCACAUCAGCAAGAGCCGUUCCGCAUCAGCAGCUGUGGUGCUGGUGGCUGACGAGGACACGAGUAAUAUCUUCGUGGGAGGGACGCGGGACAUGACUCAUGGUCAGACCGCCUUCCCCACAAGCAGAACCGCCCCUGAAUCCGCCCCCUCUGCAAAUACAGCCUCCCCUGGUCGUAACCAGCUGAGGAGCUCCUCCCAGCAUCUGGUUCUGUCGCCGGACCAGCAAUUAGGGGUGGGGGUUGACCUGUUCGCUGCUGUUGCGGCUGCGUCUGGCUCUGCCUCUCAUGCUGCUGCUGCUGCUGCCUCAGCAGAUGGCUUUGCAGAAUAUGGCUUUGGAACCCCGUCUGCUCGUGCUCAGAAGGUUCUAGAUGAUUCAAGAUCGAAUAAUCUUGUGUUGGGAGUUGCUGCUGCUGCUGCUGGAGAUGCUGCUGCUGCUGCUGCUGCUGCUGCUGGUGAUGCUGCUGCUGAGGAUGCUGGUAUGGCUGGUUUUACCUGGGCUAAACUCCCUCCAGGAUCCGAUCCGAUGCAGCAUAUGGUGAUAUGCGAGGACAGUCUUGGUGGUAUACAAGUGGCCAUGCGCCCACGCUCCCCUAGCGACAUGUGACAACCUGCCUGCUUUGCUUUAGUAGUUACAUAAGUCAGAGCUGUUUUGGAUAGGUAAGAGGUCACGGGGGCCCUGUCAAUACAAUGUUUGACUUGUAUCAAGAGAGACAAGACUGGAGCAUAGGUGUGUUGUUGGUUCUCACGAAGCUUAGACAUGCUUCAGGUUAGAGCUUGUUCGUAGGACCCCUGUAUCAGGCGGUCUUCUCAGAUUCGUGUUCCACCACGCUCAACCGCAUCAAACCAACUCGC